GUUAUGUUUCACGUUUUCAGUUCGGGCGUGGCGUCCACCUAAGUUGUUAUAACUUUCGACGGUUUUAACGGGUCUCGCGGCUCCUACCGAGCGAAGAAGUUUCAGAUAACGUGUUUGAGUUUGUGUAUCGAUUAUGUUUCGCUGUGGAAUUGCCUAUCCGAGGUGCAGGUGGGUUUUACCCCUGCUGCUACUUUUUGCUAUUAUAUUCCUCAUUAUUGCUGUCGCCGCUACUUCUGGAUGGGUGGAAGAUGACGACGCCAAGACUCAUUACGCCAACAUGUGGAAACAAUGCCGAGGCCGAAAUGAGAACUGGGACUGCAGAUCUCUUAUGGAGAAUUCCUGGGCACAAGCAGUGGCAGCUCUCAUGAUCCUGGGCCUCAUCAUCCUCAUCAUUGCCUUCAUCCUCUCCUGUCUGGCCCUCUGUUGUAGCCUCAACUUCUCCCUACUGCCAAUCAUUGGGAUCCUUCUGUUCAUCGCUGUGAUCCUCCAGUUCAUUGCCCUGAUUAUCUACCCUGUCAAGUUCAAUGAGUUGAUCUACGAGGGCCAGUAUUACUACACCUGGGCCUAUGGCUUCGGCUGGGGAGCCACGCUCCUGAUGAUCGGCUGCGGAAUCCUCUUCUGUUGCCUGCCCCGGUACGAGGACGAGGUCUCGGGGUUGGCCAAGACCAAGUACAUCUACAGCACUGCCUAGAGGCCAGAUCCAGAACACCCACUCAUUGCUGCUUAAGGAUCCACCGCUUUGUAACAGCAGGGGAUUGAGGUUUCCUGAACCUAGAGAUGAGUGGCACUAUCACAUCCUGUGAAAAAUAGACUCGUGAACCAAUCAAAAACCUUGACAUUGUUGUUCAAACCAAAAAAGAGCUGAUGAUAUUUAGUGCCACCCAUUUUGUGGUUCACAAAGCCCCUCCUCUCCCAUCACUGUUUGCUGAACCAAGGUUGCCUAAAUCUGUCCCAGGGUACCAGAGAGUUUUGUGAUAUAUUCAAAGGUGUAAUGUCCAGGGGUCAGAAAGUAAAAGUCAUGCCAUGUGUUUCUUCCACCCAUGAAUUCCUGAGCUGAUUUCACUAAUUACCUCCCAGCUGAAACCUAAUUACCAAAUCAUGUUGACUGGAACAAAAUAUUGGAGAGGACUUUUACUUUCUGAACCAGGAUUUUCCACUACUGGAUAUAUUGCCCUGUGUCCAUUUCCCCUUGUUUCCUUAUUCUUCUUGUGUAGAUCAGAUUGCCCCCUCCUGUAAACAGGCAAACUGACUUAGACACAUAUUAUUUACAUCAACCCAUGUUUAUAUACAUGCAGUGUUACUGUAUAGUAUUCAAUAUCACACAUGUUCAAGACAAUUGAAAAAUACGUGGAUUAUGGAAGGGGUCUACUACCCAUUUUCAGGAGAGGUCAAAGUCAGCUAGGUUUUAUUGUUCCUGCAUAAUUAAAGCAGUCUAUUGCAGGUCUCACAUUGCCUGAUUUUUUGGUUCUGUUAAAACAUAUUGCAAAAUCGAAGUUGGACAUCAAUAUGUGCAGCCUGUGUGUACUGGAUAUUGUGAUAUUUUCAUAUUUUUACAAUACUAAUAAAAGAUGUGGUAGUAUUAACACUGCUUUUAAUUUUCAUGUGCAAUGCAGUUGAAUCAAAGUGAAUUAUUUAAAGGGAUUACUUCAAUCAAAGUGCUGUACGGCCUAAAAUACAAAAAGCAAAAUGUAUUUUAAUUCAAUAUUGGAAGAUGUGGUUACAUGACUAAAAAGUUGAAUUUACACAUUUAAAUUGUGUUGCAUUUAGAAUUUUCACCUAACCUCUCUUAUCUUAAAAAGACAAUCACAAUGUUCUUUGCUCGAAUAAAAUUUUUUAAUGCUUUAAUCCUUACACCACAGAAUGUCAAAAUGAGCACAAGGUGUUAUCUGGUAGAGUACUACUGAAAGAAUACACUGGUCCAUUUUAAGUAUUUCAUGUUUUUGUUUUUUUGGGGGCGGGGUGAUAAAUUGACGACAUAACCAUUUAUUUUUGUGUCUUUCGUUGGUAUGAACUGUUAUAUUCAUAGUACAAUAAUGUUAACUGUUUGAUUGAAAUUGUAUCAGGUAGCAGCCUAGCCAUACAGUUUAGCUGUUUCAUGUGUGUGUUAUUUUGUAGUUUAAACACCAAUAGGCAUAAGUUCAAUACCUUUUGAGGUAAUUUCACAAGUCCUUACAACAGUAAGUUGUGCAAGGCUGACACACAAAAAAUGCCAGAGAAGACUCUUGAUUAUGACUCAGGAUAUUUGCAAUAUAAAAAAUCUCCAAUAAUUGUGCCUGAUUAGCCAUUUAAAGGAACAAAACGCAUACAGUAGAUGUUCUUUCUGUACACCUGUGUAUGCUGGUUUUUGUUCCAACCACAAUUGCAAUCCAAUAAUUUCAACAAGCUGUUAAUUUUCCUUAAUUAGGUGCUUUUCAUGUUUAGAGGGAUGACUUACCCUCUUAAAGCACAUUUUGACAGAUAGCUAUGCUAACCAUAAAUAAUUAAAUCCUCAUGUUCAUAUUGUGCUUAUUAUGCUAUAUUGCAAACAAUGCAUACUUUUCACAGAAGAAUUGCAUAAAAAGUUGCAAAUCUUUUUAACCGAUCAAAUUAAAAACACUGAAUUGAAUCAGCAGGCAACUUGCCACCAAGACUAACCAUUUGAAGAAUUUAAAGGCAAAUGAUAACAAGGCAAACCUGCUCUAUUCAACAACCUAAUUAUGAGCCUAUUAAUUAACCUCUAAUUAGUCUUAUUUGAACUCUUAUGUAACUGUUUGCAAUUUUUUUUUCUUAAUGCCAUUGCAAAGCUACUUCAGGCAUAACAUGCUUUAAGGUAAAUAAUACAUUUUUAUAUCAAAAGCACCCAAUUAAGAAAUAUUAACAGAUUCUUGAAAUUAUUUUAUUUCAAUUGGGGUUGGAAUAAAAACCAGCAUACACAGGGGUACUCCAGGACCAAUUUUGGAACCACUGACGUACAUCAUUACAUGAUACUGCAAAGAGAUUACUGCAUUUGUGUGGGGUGGUUAUUUUAGUUAUUUUUUACUGUUUUGCAACUUGGCAAAUUAAGACAUUGGAUGCAGGUUUUAUUAAAUAAAAUGUGGUAUUUCCA